GCCCUUGGAUCUCAACCAUAUCCUCUAUUGCUUUCCAGGUAUCACGUCUUUGGUAUGGGCCUUCCUACGCGAAAAAUAGGUCAGGACCUGGUCCCCGAGGUUGGCCUAGGCCUUAUGGGACUAUCCGCUUUCUACGGCAAAGUGGAUGACGACGAGGAGAGAUUGAAGAUUCUUGACGCAGCUUUCGAGGUCGGGUGCACCUUUUGGGAUUCUGCCGAUAUCUACGGGGACAGUGAAGAGCUCCUUGGCAAAUGGUUCAAGCGCACUGGAAACCGCAAGAAGAUCUUCCUUGCUACAAAGUUUGGUGUUAACCAUCAGGCUCCUGGUACUAUCAAUGGAAAGCCCGAAUAUGUCAAACAAGCGAUUGAGAGGUCGCUGACGAGGCUGGGCGUCGACCAGGUCGACUUGUAUUAUCUUCACAGGGCAGAUAAAGACACCCCAAUCGAGGUCACCGUUGGUGCGAUGGCUGAGCUCGUCCGUGAGGGAAAGGUCCGCUAUCUAGGUCUCUCUGAGGUUUCGUCGGAGACCCUUCGACGGGCACACGCGGUCCAUCCUAUCGCGGCAGUUCAGGUCGAGUAUUCCCCGUUCUGUCUUGAUAUCGAGACGGAAAGGGUUGGCCUUUUGAAGACCUGCAGAGAGCUGGGAGUCGCAGUUGUCGCGUACUCUCCAGUUGGAAGAGGGCUUUUGACUGGACGAUUUAAAUCCAUCGAUGACUUUGAGCCCGAAGACUUCAGACGCAUGGUUCCCAUGUUCCAGAAGAACUUCGAUAAGAUUCUCACCUUGGCGGAUAAUAUCAAGAAUAUCGCGAAGAAACAUAACGCGACUGCUGCUCAGGUGUGCCUGGCAUGGCUUCUGGCACAAGGAGACGACAUUUUCGUGAUCCCCGGCACAAGAAAGAUUGAGUACCUCAAAGAGAACGUUGCGGCCAGCAAGGUCAAGUUGACCGCGGACGAGCUUGCCGCAAUUCGCGACUUUGCAAACAAGGCUGGUUUGACAGGAGAACACGAGAGGUAUCCAGAGGCAAUGAUGAAGGCUCUAAACUACAGGACCAUAUUCAACCACUAUAACGACUUGCAAAAGUUACGGGACUUUGGCAAAGCCGUGUUUUUGCCCGCUGGAUACCCCAAUUCUGUUACACCAGACUACCUAACAUAUCAGGUCUUGAAUGCGUUGCAAGCAUUUUGUAGCUCGUUAGCCUCACUUAUCUCUUCGAGAGCUACUCUCCAAGGGUUUGGAGUUGGAAGUGCCUCAGCAUCUGCCAAUGACGCCCUACUGCUCACCAUCUUGCUGGACAUCUACAGCCGAUUAACGACCAUCGUAUCUGCGCAUCUAUUGGGGUCUUCAUUAGCCACCGAAGCAAAGAAAUAUCGCUUCGUCGCCGACAUUCUCAAUGAUGUGGCCGUUGUGCUCGAUACCCUCUCGCCCGUAUUCAAAGCCCAAGGCUAUCCGCAGCUUCGUGUCGUGGCGCUCUGUCUGAGCGCGUCAUGUCGAGCGCUAUGUGGUAUCGCGGCCGGAGGAUCCAAGGCUGCUAUUUCGGUUCAUUUUGCGACUCCAGUGAAAGGAAAGGGAGACCUGGGGGAUCUGAAUGCGAAGGACUCGAGUAAGGAGACGGUGCUGGCAUUGUUUGGGAUGUUGCUGGGCUCCCUCAUCGUGCCGCGAUUACAAACCGCCUGGUCGACGUACACCACGCUCUUCAUCCUCCUCUCCCUCCACAUCGCCAUCAAUUACGUAGCUGUCACGGGCCUCGUUCUGCGAACAAUGAACUGGCAACGGAUGUGGUUCUGCUGGAUGUUCUACUAUGCCGACAACAAGAAACGUGGGGACGAAAAGCGCGAAGAAGAUGGGAAGCAGGAUGAGGGAUCAGUCGACGAAUUCACGCCAACACCCGAGAGAAUCAAUCCCCUGGAAACCCUGUUCGAUCACAGGUACAACGUGUUCAAGGACCCAUGGACGCGCAAGGACAUGGGAAGGGUCACGAUUGGGUCCAGCCUAGCCACUAUCCUCCAAGGCCCACUCAAACCGAACCUCCUCGGUAAUAUCGGUCGAGAGGGCUACAUCGUCUGGUUCGACGCGGAAAGCUUGUCAUACCCCACCCCCGACUCAGUUGAACCCAUCGUCGUCGGCUACCCUCGCCUCCACGUGUCCUUCCACGACCCUAGGUAUCCUCUCCUCUGUUCCUGGCUGCAUGCAGGAUGGAUAUGCAAGGAAAUAUAUGAACGGAGGAAGAAAGAAGGACGUGAUGUGGUGAUCGACGCGACGAAGAUUGUGCUGGAGGGUUACGAGGCGACCAGUAGUUUGGCCGCAUUCAAAGACAAGAUGAAGAAGCUACAUUGGGAUCCUGACAGCUGUGACAUACCUUGUUCGACGCCUGAAGCUACCAUUUUUUCUUAUGGGUACUCUUGGGACGGAAAAAAGGAUUAA